AUGAACUUCUGUGUCGAAUACUCAAGACGCUCGUUUACCAAGGCUCCGAUAGCGCAAUCAAUUGCUGGUCCUUCCAACCACGAAGGUAGUUCUGGUCAUAUCGGCCAGUCGUACAGCAAGGCAGAUGUUUCCCAGAGCAGCAAGUCUGAAGACGAAACACAGACCGAGACAGCCGUAAGCGAGAAGUUCCUGAUUACGCGGCAAUCUCUUGCUUUAACCAUUCCUCCGGGCCCCAAGUUCUGGAGCCACCGGCUGUGUAAGGCCCCAAACGGGAAAGACAUCAUCGUGCACUAUUGCAAGUCCCUUAAAAAGACCGAGGAAGUAGCAAAAUACUUCUUGAAUGAUGAUGUAUUAGGCUUUGAUAUGGAAUGGAAACCGCAGUCAAGCAAAUCUGCCAGCGUUCAAAGUAACGUCUCGUUGAUACAGAUUGCAAAUGCGGAGCGAAUUGCCCUCUUUCAAAUCGCGCUGUUCAAGCCUGCGAGAAAGCCGGAAGACUUUAUUUCUCCUUCUCUACAGAGGAUUCUUGAAUCACCAAAAAUUACGAAGGCUGGAGUAGCGAUAAAGGCGGACUGUACGCGCCUAAAGAACUUUCUCGGUAUCAACGCUCGUGGGAUUUUCGAACUCAGUCACCUGUACAAGUUGGUCAAAUACUGCCAGUCAAAUCCGGCGCUCAUUAAUAGAAGACCUGUCAAUCUAAGCGAGCAGGUCGAACAGCACUUCGGUCUACCUCUAGCAAAGGAUGAUGACGUCCGAUGCGGCGAUUGGACCACUGCACUAAACUACCGUCAAGUUCAGUAUGCUGCAACCGACUCGUAUGCAUGUCUGUGUCUUUUCAAUACUAUGGACGCCAAGCGCAGGGCCUUAACUCCGAUGCCUCCUUUACCAGCACAUGCCGAGCUGGAUCAGCCGAUUCGCCUAGUAGAAGACCUUGAUGUUGAAACGACCAACAACAAACCGGUUGAACGUCAGAUCAUCGAGCCAGUAGUGAGUCUUGAGACCGAGGAUGAUGCUCCUAAAAUAACACCGUCGGCACGCACCAUGUGA